AUGGCGCGCAAGGAUGCUAUGCAGCUGCAGUUGGAGAUCAACUCGGACGAGGAGUGGAACGAUCUGAUCUCCAAGAGCGGUCUCAUAGUGGUGGACGUAUACGGAGAGUGGAGCGGCCCGUGCGCCGCCAUGGUGAACCUACUGCGGAAGAUCAAGAUGGAGAUUGGCGGAGACAUGCUCGUCCUCGCCAUAGGCGGUGGCCUGGUGAACCUCAUGUUCGGGGCGAACGCGCCGCAGCUGCGCAGACUCAUUGUGACCGAGCUCGAGAUUCAGGCGGCCGUGGAGGCGGGAACUGCAAGGAGGCACCCGAUACCGUGGGAUAAACUAACAGAGGAGGAACAGAGGAGAGAGGACAUCCGAGUGGAGGAAGAACAAAGGAAGCAGCAUGAGAAAGAGGAGGCGGAGCGCGCGGCGGCGGCGCGGCGGCUGGCGCGCAUCGGCUGGGCGCUGCACAAGUGCACGGUGCUGGUCUACCUGCCCUUCACCUGGGACGCCAACGAGAACACGCUGCCAGCUCACGACGAGAUCAGCAAGAUACUCGAGGACGACAUGUUCGUGCGCGAGACCAUCAAGAUCGACCUGGACCCCGUCGUCGCCUGCAUGCUGUUCUACGGCGAAGUGCCGGUGAAGGUGAUUCCCCCGCCUGAGGAAGAAGUUGUGGAGGGUGAAGAUGGGGAAGGGGGCGAGGCGGCAGAAUCGCCGUCGCAGCCGCAGCCGCAGCCGAAGCAGAAGGCCCCGGCGCCACCCCCGCCGCCACCCCCGCCGCCCAAGGGGAAGCCCAAGUCGAAGUCGGUGGCCGCGCCGCCGCCGCCGCCCGACGUGCCGGAGGAGGAGCUCGAGAGGUGUCCGCCCCCGGAGCUGGUCGAAGCGCUGGCCGAGGGCAAGACCAUCGUGCACUACGCCGAGGCGCUGUCGCCCGCCGUCGAGGAGGGGCAGCUGCCGCCGCCGCCCGAGGACAUCGUCAAGAAGGUGGCGCGCGCCGUCUACGGCUGCGAGGCGCCCGCCGAGGGGCACGCUCAGCAGAUAGACCCCGAGAGGUACGGCGGCUCCGUGCAGGCCUGCGCCAGAACCGAGCACCCAAGUGGAUCGCCCACUUCUCUCAUCUCUCCUGCAUACACUGCUGCCCAUUAA